AUGGUUGAUAACAAAAAUCCAAGGGACGUAUCCCUAAAAUUCACAAGCAGUCAACCAAUCCUUAAUGAAGAAGGAGAAUGCCUAGUCCCAGCAUUCCAAGUAGUGUUCAUGUCAGUCUUCCCAGGAGACUUCCAGCCAAUAGAUCAAAUUCAGGAUCUAAUGGUCUACAAUGAUGAAGGAAGACUUGCUAGCUCAUUAGCAAGAGUCUUCGAAAGGUCUCAAAAGAUAACAAAAGAAUCCAGAACAAGGAUUAAUUACAAGAGUAGAAACACUUUGCUUGUCUCCAGCAAAAAGAAUGAAAUUGAACCAAGGGAAAUGAGAAUGUUAGUAGAUUUCGAAUCAGCAUUCUACGAUUUCUCUGGAUUACUGGAGAAGCUCCCAGAAGGGAUAAAAAGGAGGCUUUGCACUCUACUAAAAGACAAAGAAGACCAUAGGUGCCAGCUGUGCGCACCAGAAAUGGACGAAGAAAGUAACAACGAAGUAGGGACCACUCACAUGGAAAAAGAAGGAGACAGUGCGUCUGAGUCAUCCUUCACCAUUAUUGCCUAA